ACGGUAACACGCUACUGAGCGUGCGCGGCGCCUCGAGGUGGGAGCGAGCGGGUCGGGUGGGAUCGGAACCGCCAGCGCACGGAGGCCGGAGCAGCCAUGAGCGACAUCAACGUGAAGAAACUCAAAGUAUCCGAGCUCAAAGAUGAGCUGAAGCAGCGGGGCCUGAGCGUGCAGGGCCUGAAGGCUGAGCUGCAGGAGAGGCUGCAAGCUGCCCUUGACAACGAGACCGAGGAGACCGAGAUGGAGACGGCGGGGCCGGGAGACGAUGGGCCCGGGCCGCUGGAGACCGGGGAAAACGGUAAGGAGGAGGCGGCCCAGAGCUCCGCCUGCCCGGAGGAGCUGCCCGAUGAGGACGAGGAACAAGAACCGCUGUGCAAGGAGGCGCUGGGAGCCCGAGAUGAGGACGAGGCGCUGGGCUUGAACGGCGCCCCUCCAGGGCACUUGGAAGCCUCUCGGCCUCUGGUCGAAGUCCAGGGCCUCGGAGAGUCCGGCCCACAGCAGCAACAGGCGGCGGCGGCUGAGCCCGCCCGUGGGGGAGGGGAGACUAUCGACGACCAGUUCGAAGAGGAGGAUGGAGUGGAGGAGGCAGAGAGCGCGGACUCGGAAGCCGAGCCCAAGACGGUGGAAAGCGAAAGUGGCCUAGGCGAGGAGGAGGAAGAGGAGGAGAACGGGAUGGCCGAGGCCCCGGCCCACGCGGCGCCCGCCGGGCCCCAGCAGCAGGCGGGAAACGAAACAAUGGAGCUCGGUCAGAGCGCGGAGGCCGAGCCAGAGCGGAGAGAGCCAGAGGUGCCGGCGCCGGCCCCCGAGCCGCAGCCGGCCAUCCAGCAAAGCGGCAAAGGCAGAGAAAGCCUGGUUGAACAGACAGCUGAUAAGAGUAAAGAGCAAAAUCGCAAAGGAAUAAAGAGACCCCAUGAAGAUCACGGACGCGGUUACUAUGAGUACAUUGAAGAAAACAAAUAUCGGCGGUCUAAAUCUCCUCUGCCCCCUGUGGAAGAAGAUGAGGAGGAGUUUGAUGAUACUGUAGUUGCUCUGGAUACAUAUAAUUGUGAUUUGCACUUUAAGAUCAAUAGAGAUCGUUUUGGCGCGAUGCCACUGACUAUGGAAGGUUUUGCCUACCUAUGGGCUGGUGGAAGAGCUUCUUAUGGAAUUAAUAAAGGCAAAGUCUGCUUUGAGAUGAAGGUUUCUGAGAAGAUACCAGUUAAACAUCUGCCAGCAGAUCAGACUGACCCACACGAGGUGAGGGUUGGCUGGUCACUGGAUUCCUACAGCAUGUUACUUGGGCAAGAAGAGCUUUCCAUUGGGUACUCUGGAAAUGGAGCAAAAUGUUCGAAUUGCAAAUCUGAAGAAUAUGGUGAAAAGUUUGGAGAGAAUGAUGUGAUUGGCUGUUUUAUUAACUUUGAUGCCGAUGAAGUAGAAGUCUCUUACUCCAAGAAUGGACAGGAUCUGGGUGUUGCAUUUAAGAUUGGGAAAGACUGUCUCGCUGACAGAGCUUUAUUUCCACAUGUUCUCUGCCAUAAUUGUGCAGUGGAGUUUAAUUUUGGACAGAUGGAGACUCCAUACUUUCCUAUACCUGAAGACUUCAUUUUCAUCCAGCAAGUCCCAUUAGAGGAGCGUGUACGAGGGCCAAAGGGCCCGAAUACCAAAGGAGAAUGUGAGGUUUUGAUGAUGGUUGGCUUACCUGGCAGUGGAAAAUCAGUGUGGGUUUCGAAGCAGUCAGCAGAAUAUCCAGGAAAAUACAAUAUUUUGGGGACAAACAACAUCAUGGAUAUUAUGAAGGUUAGAUAUUUGUGAAAAAAAUAUGAGAAGCCGACAAAUAGAUGUGAUGCUGUUGGAAGAAUGCAGGCUUCCCGUCUUAGCUUGUUGAGAAUAGUCCGGGGUUCAAUUUGAAACAAUUCUAAUUUUCUUGUGUAGACAAAUGUGUGUGCAGCUGCACAGAGAAGAAAGAUGUGCCUGUUCGCAGGCUUCCAGCGUAAAGCGGUUGUCAUUUGUCCAUCAGAUGAAGAAUAUAAGGAGCGUUCAAAGAAGAAAGCAGAGGAAGAGGGAAAGGAUGUCCCAGAACAUGCUGUUCUGAAAAUGAAAGGUAUCUUUGCACUACCUGAAGUGGGUGACUUUCUGGACGAGGUGAGCCACGCUGAACUGCAGAAGGAAGAUGCUCAGAAAUUGCUUGAGACGUACAAGGAAGAAAGUAAGGCAGCUCUUCCACCUGAGAAAAAGCCCAACACUAAUGCUGGGAAGAGAGCAAUGAAUCGGGGGCGGAAUGGUCAACGAGGUGGAAUGAACCAGUACAAUAGAGGAGGUCAGAGAGGGGGACGUGGUGGAUAUCAGAACCGUGGUGGCAAUUACCGAGGAGGUUCAAACCGUGGCCAGUUUAAUAGAAGAGGAAAUCAGCAAAAUCAUGCUUAUCCUCAAAACCAGCGCUUCACUCCCAUGGUAGCCUACACCAGGGGUGGUUUCAUUGAUAGGGGCUCCUUCAGCGGCAGUGGUGGUUCUUAUAACCACAGGGUUCAAGCAGACAACCACGGGGGUUCAGGCAACAACCGAGGUGGCUAUGGACAGAAUUUCAGGGGCCGGGGAAAUCGUGGGUACAACCAAGGCUACAGAAAUGAAAACUACAACCUAAGUCAGGGCUACAAACAGAACUGGAACCGUCAGCAGCAGGCGCGACUUCAGCAGUUCUGGAGCCAGUACAGCAAUCAGUAUAACAAAGACUACUACUAGGAUCUGCAGAGAGUGAUCCAACAACUGUUUCACUGCAGCUGUAACUUCAACCAAGAGAUGUCAACUUUUUUAAUCUUGAUUUUUAAACAUUCCAAAACAAAGUGCCUGCAGGUCGUAUUUGGAAGCUUUAUCGAUUAAUUGAUUUUUAAGUGUCUUUUAUUUUUUUACAUUUUAAUUGUAAUGUUUAGGUGGAAUGUGGUGAACCUCCAAUUUCUAGAGGAUGAAAACAUUUUCAGUUUCUGCAUUUUUUUUCUGUAAAAUUUUAUCAAAUAAAACCCCCCUGAACUUGU